UGCACGCAAAACUCGAAUAAUCCUCCGGCUCUCAAUGUUUGCCAAACACCUGCUGCCACAUAACAUUAGCAGCAGACACACACACCUGCCACAUGAUAGGCAACACAGACAACGCGCCGAAACGAGCGCUCCUCCAACACGCCCUCUUGUUCUGUUUCUCUAGAGAGGGAAGUAAACGUGAGCUCGACUCUUUCUUCCAGCACUAGACCGACUUUUAUGAGAAGAAACGCAGGGGAUUCUGACUGAAACAGGACCAUCAACAGAACUCAGAUGAACACCCAAGGCUUUGGAGAAACAUUUGCAGACGUCUAUCCAAAUGAACCGUCCGCUUCAACCGAGCGCGCUUUGUUUUCACGGAAAGUUUUGGCUCUACUGUACGAGCGGGGACUGAAGAAGCGGUAGGAUGUCAAAUGCUACCACACAUGACAGCUUGUACCCCCACAUACGCGUUUGGGCGUCGGGGGUUUCUCUGGUCAUCUUGGCUCUUUUCAACCUGGUCAUCAACUGGACCAUCGUGCGAGAGCAGCGGCUGCGGAGCCACGCGCGCUUCGUCCUCGUGUUUCACCUGCUGUUCUCCGCGCUGGUUUACUUCGGGCUCUGCUUCAGCUUCUACUUACAAAACUAUCUGAAUGCGGCCACCACGGCCACCAUAUGCACGGUGCUAAUAAGAGGUCUGAUGACCAGCGGUUCCAACAUCAUCCUCACAAUCACGGCGAUGGCACUGGACCGUUAUUUCGCCAUCUGCUACCCGAUGCACUAUGGUAAAGUUUUCUUCAAGCCGUGGCCCUGGUUCAUCGGGAUCCUGACAUGGGGACUCGCAUCAGUCAUUCCUCUCACUGUGGCCCGCAGGAACGCCACGGGAACCUGCGGAAGGAAAGAUUUGCAGGGCGGGGAAUUACAAAAAAUCAUUUUGAUAUCGAUUUGCACUGCUCUUAUCGUGUGCAGCUAUGUGCGGAUCUUAUACGAGGGGCGACGGCUGGGUGUGCUUAACCGGCGCAACCGAGCUGCGUGUCGGACUAUCGCUCUCCACGGCACGCAACUCGCCGUUUACAUCCUCCCAAACUUCAUACUUUUUUUCCUGCAUAUUCUCAAGAACAAACUCAAGCCUGACACCAAAGAGCUCUUUGCUGUCAUAAGUUUUGUGUUCUUCAGUCUGGCGCAGUGUUUCGCGCCGAUAGUGUACGGACUGCGUAAAGAGGAACUACUGGAGCAUCUCAGUCACCGGUUCCCGUGUUUAUCCGGCCGGUUAAAACGCAUCUUGGAGUGGACUGUCAACGUCGCUCAUCCCAAACGAUGUCGCCAACAACGAGAGCGGAGGAUGACUUCAGAGACUUUAUUAUCUCGAGAGAUCUCUCAAACCACUGUUUGACCACCUUUGGAUUAAGAGACAAGCCCACUUUUGGCUCCUUCAAAUGGAAUAUGCACAAAACAAGACAAACUAAUACUGAAUUAAGGUUUUUGCAAUGCAACCUUUUUUGAAAUCAUCUCCGAAAUUCAGGCAGCACAUUUUUCGACUGUUGACUCACAAAACUUCAAGACACGAGUUCAUCAAGUCUGGAUACAAUACCGCGACCACGUGUUCAGGAGUCACUCUUGCCAAAAGCGUGAUUUUCACACCAGCAACAUUAACUGUAAAUAGUCCUAAUGACUUACUCAUGUGAUGCGUCAUGUGAACAAUGGGAAGAUGCCUAGAUGUAAAGCUCAUUUUUGUAAAAGCGCCACAAACGUUUUCUCUGUUAGCGCUUGAUUUAGCACAUAUUUUGCAGUCAUUACCAUGUAUAAAUAAGCUAACGACCCAAGAAAGACUUGGAUUUAUACAACUGUGAAGCAAGAUUCGUUUGUCAUGUAUGUUGUAAAACUGUAAGGUUUGUAGAAUUAGAUAUAUUAUUUCUAACACUGCAGCAUCCUGAGUUAACAAGAUACACUGUUUAAUAAGGUCACUAACGUUCAUCUACAAUUUCCUGUAAACGCUCACUUUACAUUAUAUGUUCACUUCCCUCAGAAGCCAGUACACUUGGUGAAAGAACAUAAUGCAUAAUGGUUUUAAAGCACUGCAACAGGGCACAUAUUAAUAAUAAUGCCUUUUUUUUGCAUGAUACAACUGUGAUAUUAACAGAUAUUCUCUGUAUACUUGCUUAAUGCCUUUCGAGAGAUGCUGCAGUAUCAGACGAA